AUGAUUAUCGAUCAUAAUUGUUGUACGGUUGAAAAUGGAUUAUUGAAAUGUAACCAAAAACAAGUACAAUCCAAUCAUGAUAAUGAAAAACGGAAUGAUCGAAGUGUAAGCGCUGUUAGACGAAGGUUGUAUUAUCCUCGACCACAGCUUCAAACUUCUGCUCUUGUUUAUUGUGCAUUACAGGUAGUGUUUAUAGCAUUCUUAUUCAGCUACAAUGGUAUUAGUACUGUUGAUGUUUUAUUUCCCAUUUUAUCGUGGAUAUCGGAAUAUUCUCGAAAGCUUCCAUUGGUCGAAAGUGUCAUUGACUCAAUUCGUCAAUUGCUAGAUAGUUUGGUUUCUUUAAUUAAAGAUAAAUAUUUCGAAACUUCAUCGUCUCCAACUAAAGGAAGUCGUACAAAACAAAAAGUUGAUACAAAUAAUAUUGUAUUUAUGGAGAAAGUGGAUAAUAGCUUACCAGUCUUAACAAAGGAGCAGUUAUCUUUUUUCGAUGGAACGCGCCCGUCUAAGGGAACUUAUCUUGCCAUAUUAGGUCGUAUAUACGAUGUACAAAAAGGUGCCAAGCAUUAUGGUCCUGGUGGUUCAUAUAAUUUCUUUGCUGGUCGUGAUGCAACACGCGCAUUUAUCAGUGGAGAUUUUACCGAAAAGGGUCUAAUAGAUGACGUUGAAGGUUUUGGUGAUCAAGAUCUGUUGGGUAUAUUUGACUGGAUCAAAUUUUACGAAAAAGAUUACGAUCUUGUCGGUUAUCUGCAGGGAACGUAUUAUGAUGCUUCUGGUAAACCAACUUCACGUUUAAAAGUGUGGUUUUUAGCAAUUAUUUGUGUAAAUUACUAUGAUUAA